AUGCCUGAAGUGGACGCAUUUCUCCAUCUGGAGGAUGGAACAGUUUACAAGGGCAUCUCCUUCGGAGCAGAAACAUCUGUACCUGGAGAAGUUGUGUUUCAGACUGGCAUGGUUGGGUACCCAGAAUCAUUGACAGAUCCAUCCUAUCAUAGACAGAUUUUAGUACUGACAUAUCCAUUGAUUGGAAACUAUGGUGUAGGGGGCAGUGAAACAGACAGCUUUGGACUUCCAAAGUGGUUCGAAUCUGAAAAGAUUCAUGCCGCAGCCUUGGUGGUGGGGAGUCUGACUGAGAAGUAUUCUCACUGGAGUGCCAAGAAGUCUCUGUCAGAAUGGCUGAAGGAGCAGAAUGUUCCCGGGAUCCAUGGAAUUGAUACAAGAGCCCUUACGAAAAAAAUCCGAGAGAAAGGGACAUUACUAGGCAAAGUGAUCAUUGGCAGUGAGAAUGGUUUGAAGUUUAUCGAUCCUGACAAGUUGAAUCUGGUGGCAGAGGUCUCUUCCAAGGCAACAAAAACUUACAACCCUGACGGAGAUGUGAAAAUUGUGGCUGUGGACUGUGGCAUGAAAUACAACCAGAUUAGGUGUUUGUGUGCCAGGGGAGCCUCGGUCACUGUAGUUCCCUGGGACCAUCCUUUGAACCCAGCAGAGUUUGAUGGUGUGUUCAUUAGCAACGGACCUGGUGACCCAGUCAUGUGUGAUAAAACUAUUCGGAAUAUCCGCAGCGUAGUCAGUGAUCCAAACUGCAAACCCCUCUUUGGCAUUUGUCUUGGACAUCAGCUGCUUUCCCUGGCCAUUGGAGCCAAAACAUUCAAAAUGAAAUACGGCAACCGAGGACACAACCAGCCCUGUAUGUAUGAGGACAGCAUCCGGUGUUUCAUUACCAGUCAGAACCACGGGUUUGCCGUGGACACCAACACACUGCCUGCUGGCUGGCGCCCCCUUUUCACCAAUGCUAAUGAUAAAACUAAUGAAGGGAUAGUCCACAGCUCCUUGCCUGUUUUCAGUGUUCAGUUUCACCCAGAGAAUCAUGCUGGCCCCCAAGAUUUAGAGGUUCUCUUUGAUGUCUUUCUAGACCAGGUCCGCUCCCAUAAACAGGGAACAAAUGGCUUGACAGUUAAAGAGAGAAUACGCAAACAUUUGACGACGGAAGGGAUCCCAUUGACUCCAUGUAACACAGUUCUCCCCAAGAAGGUCCUGAUCUUGGGAUCCGGGGGUCUCUCUAUUGGCCAGGCUGGAGAGUUCGACUACUCUGGUUCACAGGCUAUCAAAGCUUUGAAGGAAGAAAACAUCCACACUGUCUUGAUCAACCCAAACAUCGCCACUGUACAGACUUCCAGGGGACUUGCUGACAAGGUCUACUUCCUGCCCAUAACACCGGACUAUGUCACACAGGUCAUCAAAUGCGAACGUCCAGAUGGUGUUUUACUGACCUUUGGAGGUCAGACAGCUCUAAACUGUGGCGUGUCCUUGACAAAAUCUGGUACAUUUGACAGGUACAAUGUCAAGGUUUUGGGCACCCAGGUGGAGUCGAUUGAGUGGACGGAAGACAGGAAAAUCUUUGCAGAUAAGAUGGCAGAGAUUGACGAGUCGGUGGCCCCAAGUGUGGCUGCAUACACCGUGGAACAGGCUGAGCAAGCAGCAGAACAUCUUGGCUACCCUGUGCUCAUUCGGGCUGCAUUUGCUCUGGGUGGUCUGGGGUCUGGGUUUGCAGACAACAGAGAUGAGCUGAUUGUGCUGGCCACGGCAGCGUUCGCUCACACUUCCCAGAUUUUGGUGGAUAAAUCCUUGAAGGGGUGGAAGGAGGUGGAGUAUGAAGUUGUCCGGGAUGCUUAUGAUAACUGUAUCACAGUGUGCAAUAUGGAGAACGUGGAUCCCCUGGGCAUCCACACAGGAGAAAGUAUUGUUGUAGCUCCCAGCCAGACCCUGACCAAUGCUGAAUACAACAUGCUGCGAACCACUGCCCUCAAAGUUAUCCGCCACCUGGGUGUCGUUGGAGAGUGUAACAUCCAGUAUGCUCUCAACCCACACUCUCAGCAGUAUUACAUAAUUGAAGUCAAUGCACGCUUGUCAAGAUCAUCUGCCCUUGCCAGCAAAGCUACGGGCUACCCUCUGGCUUACGUAGCUGCUAAACUAGCUUUGGGUCACCCCCUGCCACUACUGAAGAACUCUGUCACUGGAUCAACCACUGCUUGUUUUGAGCCCAGCCUCGACUACUGUGUUGUGAAGAUUCCCAGGUGGGACUUGAGAAAGUUCUCCAGAGUGUCCACAAAAAUUGGCAGCUCUAUGAAGAGUGUUGGCGAAGUCAUGGCUAUUGGCAGAAAUUUUGAAGAAGCAUUCCAGAAAGCCAUCCGCAUGGUGGAUGAGACCAUGAAGGGGUUUGAUCCCAGUGCCUAUAAAGUUUGUGAAAAGGAGCUGCAGCACCCAACAGACAAGAGAAUCUUUGUACUUGCAGCUGCCCUCCGAGCUGGCAUGUCCAUUGAGCACCUGUAUGAGCUGACCCGCAUUGACUGCUGGUUUUUGCACAAAUUCAAGAACAUCAUUAACAUGUACACACAGCUGGAGACUUACAUGUGCAAGGCUGACAAUGUUCCCAGAGAUGUGCUGCUGUCUGCCAAGCAACUCGGCUUCAGUGAUCAGCAGAUUGCUCAAGUUCUGCACAGCACUGAGAUUGCUGUUCGGAAUAUUCGGCUGGCACACAAAAUUACACCUUGGGUGCGCCAGAUUGACACAGUGGCGGCGGAGUGGCCAGCCAGCACAAACUACCUAUAUUUGACAUACAGUGGCAUUGAGCACGAUGUCCAGUUCCCUGGCAAGCAUGUCAUGGUGCUGGGCUCCGGCGUCUACCGCAUCGGGAGCAGCGUGGAGUUUGAUUGGUGUGCGGUCAACUGCAUCAGGACACUGAGGGAGACUGUGAUGGACAUCUACAACAUUGAGAAUCCUUCAGGUAUCAUUCUGUCCAUGGGUGGCCAGCUGCCAAACAACAUCGCCAUGGAUUUGCAUCGGCAGCAGGCUGUUGUUUUGGGCACCUCCCCAGACAGCAUUGAUAAUGCAGAGAACAGGUUCAAGUUUUCCCGCUUGCUGGACAACCUCAAGAUCAACCAGCCCCAGUGGAGGGAGCUCUCCACAAUAGAGUCUGCACUUGCCUUCUGUGAAGAAGUUGGCUAUCCCUGUUUGAUCCGACCCUCAUACGUCCUCAGUGGGGCCGCCAUGAAUGUGGCCAUGAGCAAACAUGAUCUGGAGAAUUUCCUCUCGCAGGCGGCUGCCGUGUCCAAGGAUUACCCGGUUGUCAUAUCAAAGUUUAUACUGGAAGCCAAGGAAAUCGAUGUCGAUGCCGUGGCUUUUGACGGUGAAGUUGUAUGCAUGGCAGUGUCAGAGCAUGUGGAGAAUGCAGGUGUCCAUUCAGGGGAUGCCACUCUUGUGACUCCACCUCAAGAUUUGAACGAGGCGACCUUGGCCAAGAUUAAAGCCAUCUGUUGUGCCAUUGGUCGAGCCCUGGAAGUUACAGGGCCCUUUAACAUUCAGCUCAUUGCAAAGGACAACCACCUGAAGGUGAUUGAAUGCAAUGUCCGAGUGUCCCGAUCAUUCCCGUUUGUCUCCAAGGCGCUGGACUACGACUUUGUUGCUACUGCUACCAAAGUUAUCAUGGGAGAGCAGGUGGAGCCAGUCGAUGUGAUUGCUGGCUGUGCCGUGUUCUCAUUCUCAAGACUCCAUGGUGCUGAUGUGCUGCUGGGUGUGGAGAUGGCAAGCACCGGAGAAGUGGCCGGCUUUGGAGAAGACAGAUACGAAGCUUACCUGAAGGCUCAGCUCAGCACUGGGUUCCAGAUUCCAAAGAAGAACAUCCUCAUCUCUAUUGGCAGCUAUAAGCAUAAAAACGAACUGAUCCCAACCAUGCGCACUCUAGAGAAGCUGGGGUACCAGUUGUUUGCCAGCAUGGGCACUGCAGACUUCUACAAUGAACACGACUUUAAGGUGAAAGCUGUGGACUGGCCAUACGAAGAUACCGGUGAGGACACUUCUCGUAACGGUGAACAGAGAACGAUUGCCGACUACCUGGCUGAACAUAUGUUUGACCUGGUCAUCAACUUGCCUCUGCGUAGCACUGGCUGCCAUAGGGCAUCUUCCUUCGUGACCCAGGGGUACAAAACCAGACGCAUGGCGGUGGACUACUCUGUGCCUCUGAUCACAGAUGUCAAGUGCACAAAGCUGUUUGUUGAGGCUUUGAAUAGAGUGAGGACCCAACCACGGCUGAAGACACACAUUGACUGUCUGUCGUCUCAGAGGAUCACCCGACUUCCAGGUCUCAUUGAUAUACACGUGCAUGUGAGAGAGCCUGGCGCCACCUACAAGGAGGACUGGUCAACAUGCACAGCUGCUGCGCUGGCCGGCGGCAUCACCAUGAUACUGGCCAUGCCAAACACCAACCCAGCCGUUGUUGACCAGCACAGUCUGUGCGUUGUUUCGCAGGUAGCCCGACAUAACGCACGGUGUGACUACGGCCUGUAUGCAGGAGCCAGCUCAAGCAAUGCCCAUACUCUGCCACUGUUGAGCAGUAAAGUGGUUGCCCUGAAGAUGUACCUCAACGACACGUUCACUACCCUGAAACUGGAUGACAUCACCGAUUGGAUGAAGCAUUUUGAACACUGGCCCAGAAACGUGCCCAUCUGUGCUCACGCUGAAGGAACCACCACUGCGGCAGUCAUUCUGUUGGCGGAGCUGUUCCAGAGGCCGCUGCACAUCUGUCAUGUGGCCCGAAGAGCUGAGAUUGUGGUCAUUCGGUCAGCCAAGGAGCGAGGCCUGAAGAUCACCUGUGAGGUUUCUCCGCAUCAUCUCUUCUUGACCACAGAUGACCUGGCCACAAUAGGAUCAGGUUGUGGUCAAGUGAGACCAUCAUUGGUGACCAAAGAGGACCAGCAAGCCUUGUGGGAUAACAUGGAUGUUAUAGAUUGCUUUGCUACAGAUCAUGCUCCCCAUACGGUGGAAGAGAAGAAUGGACCCAGCCCGCCACCGGGAUUUCCUGGACUGGAGACCAUGCUACCUUUACUGCUAACUGCUGUCAAUGACGGAAGACUGACAAUUGAGGACAUCAUCCUCAGGCUGCACACGAACCCCCGUCGUAUAUUCAACCUUCCGGAACAACAUGACACUUACAUCGAGGUCGACUUGGAUCAUAAGUGGGUUAUCCCUACAGCAAUGCCUUACACUAAAUCAAAAUGGACGCCCUUUGCUGGUCGGCCUGUGCAAGGCAUUGUCCGACGAGUCGUGCUCAACGGAGAAGUGGCUGUCGUCGAUGGAGAGGUGAUCGCCCAACCAGGACAAGGUGUGGACGUGAAGUCUCUGCCAGUCCCCCUGUCAGUUCUUAAAGGACCAGAAACCCUGGGCACCCAGCUCACAGUUCAGAUUCCUGGUAGUGGAGGGGCUCAGAACGUACCUGAACUUCUCAGCCCUCGGAGAAACCUCUCCUUCCACCAGGAGAAACCAGCCUACUACCCACCUCCACGAACACCGAAACUGCCGGAAACUGCCCCCUUCCCAUUCAUUGUUGGUGAGCAGACGGAGCACAGCGUGACACGUGAGAAGCCAG